CCUGGUGUGCAACUGCAGUAUUAUAAACGACAUUAAUACUUGGGAGACUUUCGGAGUUAUUCUACAAGUACCUGCCGAACUAGUUUGUACGUCUGUCAUUUUGCAGGUAAAACCAUGGAGAUGAUGGUAGUUGAACCGCAACAGAAUGUUUUAGCCAGGAUGGCCAGCCUUCCUCUGGUGAGCUCUACUUAUGACAUGGUCUCCACUGUGUACUGCAACACCAAGGAGAACCACCCCUAUAUAAAGUCUGUGUGUGAGGUGGCAGAGAACAGUGUGAAGACAAUCACUUCAGUGGCCCUCACCAGCGCCAUGCCCAUCAUCCAAAAGCUGGAGCCCCAAAUUGCAAUUGCAAACUCGUUUGCCUGCAGAAGUCUGGAUAAGAUAGAAGAGAAAUGGCCAAUUCUUCACCAGCCCUCUGACAAGAUUGUUGCAAAUGCCAAAGAUGCGGUGACAACAACUGUGACUGGUGCCAAGGAGACUGUGUCUUUCACUAUCACUGGGGUGCUGGAUAUGACCAAAGGAGCCGUUCAAGAGAGUGUGGAGAUGACCAAGGCGGUUGUGAAUGGCAGUGUGAAUACUGUGAUGGGCAGCCGUGUAGUGAAGAUGGUGAGCACUGGAGUUGACACGGCGCUGAGCAGGUCUGAGUCCCUGGUGGAUAUGUAUCUCCCCCUGACUGAGGAAGAACUGGCCACGGAGGCCAAAAGUGUAGACGAAAAUGAAGUUGCUGCAAAUAAGCCAAGUUAUUAUAGAAGGCUGGGAUCAGUUUCAACCAAGCUACGCACACGGGCUUACCAUCAGGCCCUUGCCAAGGUAUGGGACGCAAAGCAGCGGAGUCAUGAGGUCAUUUCGGAGCUUCACCACAAUAUGGACUUGAUUGCGUAUGCAAGACAAAACAUGGACAGUGCCAAUCAGAAACUUCACAGUGCCCAGGAUAAGCUGCAUCUGUCUUGGCUGGAAUGGAGGAAAAAGACAGGAUGCAAUGAUGAGGUUCAAGAUGCAGAGCACAUUGAAUCUCGCACUCUUGCCAUCACCCGUGGACUUACCCACCAGCUCCAGACGACCUGCCUUACCCUAGUUGCCAGCGUCCAGGGCUUACCUCGGAACAUCCAGGACCAGGCUAACACUCUUGCACGCUCUGCAACCAACGUCUACCAGAACUUCAGCUCCGUCUCUUCAUUCCAUGAGGUCUCUGACACAGUCCUGGCCAGCAGCAAAGGGCAGCUUGCCAAAAUGAAGGAUUCUGUGGAUGGUGUGAUGGAUUACCUGGUCAACAACACCCCCCUCAAUUGGCUGGUAGGUCCCUUUUACUCAAGGCUGGUUGACACCCAGCUGCCUGAGCAAAAUGGGGAAGAGAAGAAAAAGUCCAAAAGGGAGGAAUAGGGGCCAGCAUCUUAAUACACCAAAUGUAGAAUUUGGUAUCUAAUAUUUUGUUUGUUUUUUCUCCCCCAUAAAUGUGACCUCCUUUUUUAAAAAAAAAAAAAAAAAAAAAUUAUCCUGUUUACAUUUUGGCACAAAGAGUAAUGACCAGGAAUUUUUACUGUCUCUGUAAAACUCUUGCUAUUUUCACUAACCCUGAUACAAUCAUAUCUACUUGUUUUGAUGAUGAGGAUCAGGAUGUCCUCAUUUUGGGAUGCCUUUUGGAGAAUAUUUCUUCCUGAGCGCACAAGUUAGAUAAUCGUUUUAAUGUUGUGAGGUAAUCGGGGUUUGGUAAUAACCAUUAUGUAUAUCACUUAUGAGCACUUAUUGAUACAUAUUUAGCUUCACAGUGUACAACAAUUUGAAAACCAGUUGGUUUCUGAUCACUGAAGGCUUCUGAUCCAAUGUCUGUGUAUUUAUUGUCUUUUUUUCUUGGUAAUGGAUAGCUGUUUACCCAGAUUUUUUUUUUUUGCUUGUUGAGUUAGCCUUUGGAAAGUUGGAAAGAAAAUGAAAGCCUGAGCCUCCAUUUUUUUUUUUUGGAGACUGCUAUAAAAUUCAAAUUGAGUGAAUUGAAUUCUUUGCCAAAAUUAUGUGCACUUAAGUUGCUUUUGCUACUGCCUUGAAUAUGUAUUUUGUAAUUAACUUUAUACACAUUUAUUCAAUAAAUACAUGCAUAAGCA